UUUACCUUCUUGCGAUGUCUUGGCUUCUGAAAUAGUGAAACUAACGAAGCAAAGAUGUCGUCCAUGCUGCGCUUCCCUUUCUCGUUUCCUCAGCCCCGAAGGCCUCAAUUCCCUCGCCCAUUCACCGCAUUCGCCGCCGCCGUUGCCGGAGCCUCCGCCGCCGUCGUGGCCGUCUCCUCCUCCGACCGCUCCUUUCUCCGGAAUGCUCUGAAUUCCUUCUUCUCUUCUGACCUAUCAAUGCCUCUCUGGGGUUCACUGAGUUUGGCCGACAGUGGGGUUUCCGUGGUUGAGUCAAAAACCGGAACUUCGUUCCCUUCGGUUUUAGACAGUUCUCAGAAACUCUGCGGAAUUGGCUUGCGGAAAAAAAGCAUUUUGGGAUUGAAGAACAUUGAUGUAUACGCAUUUGGUGUUUAUGCUGAUGAUGAGGACAUAAAGAGACAUCUUUCUGAGAAAUAUGGGAAGUUGUCUGCGUCUGAAUUGCAGGGCAGUAAGGAGUUUACUGAAGAUCUUAUGGAAAGUGAUAUUUCCAUGACAAUUAGACUUCAAAUUGUGUAUGGGAGAUUGAGCAUUCGUUCUGUACGUAGUGCAUUUGAAGAGUCUGUGGGAAGCAGGCUGCAAAAGUUUGGGGGAUCGGAUAAUAAGGAAUUGCUUCAAAGCUUCACUUCACAAUUUAAAGAUGAAUUCAAAAUUCCCCGUGGAUCUGUAAUUCAUCUCUCAAGAGACAAGGGCCAUGUUCUCCGUACAUCAAUUGAUGGACAGGAAGUGGGAAGCAUCCAGAGUAAACUCCUAUGUAAGUCAAUUCUAGAUUUAUAUUUUGGUGAGGAACCAUUUGACAAACAGGCCAAAGAAGAAAUUGAGCUCAACAUGGCUUCUUACCUGUAGAGUUAUAAUGUUAAACUAAGAAUCUUCUCUAAGACAUGAAUUCUGUACCCUUGUCAAUUCCGUGCUUCGAGUAAUUUUUGUUUGCUGAAUCAUUAUUAUUAAUUUAAACAUGUUGAUGUAUACCUUGAGCUUCAAGAUUGCAAUAUGAAAUUAGUCAUAUUUCUAAUAA